UUCAUUUCUUUCUCCUUGUCUCUCUGUGCCUCUGUCCCAUCACCUCCCUGUCUCUCUGUAGUCUCUGAAGUCCCGAAGGUCAAUUAUUCUGAAAUAGAGGAGACUAGGUGAACAGAAUUUUUCUUCUUUUUUUUUGUAAAGAAUAAGAACAAUCCAACACACCCUUUGAGGAGAGAAGAAAUAAGCAAAUUGAGAAGCUUUUUUUCCUGGUAUUCCCACCUUGAUUUUGCAAUUUAGUGGAGAUUCAUACUCCAAGUUUGUGCUUGUGUGUGUUUAGCAAUCAAUUCUUGAUUAGGGUUCUUGGGAUUUUGGCUUAGAUUUAUGUGAUUAGUGCAGACUGUAAAGAUGAUGAUGUUUGAGGAGAUGGGGUUCUGUGGUGAUCUUGAUUUCUUCCCUGCUGCCCUCAAGGAGCCAGCUGAUGUGGUUGCUCCUCCUCCUGUUAUGGAGGCCGAGGCGGUUGUAGUGGAGGAUGAUUAUAGCGACGAGGAGAUCGAAGUGGAUGAGUUGGAGAGGAGGAUGUGGAGGGACAAGAUGAAAUUGAAGAGGCUCAAGGAGAUGAAUAGGAGUAAUGAUGGUGGCGUCGAUACUGCGAAGCAACGCCAGUCGCAGGAGCAGGCGAGGAGGAAGAAGAUGUCUCGGGCGCAGGAUGGGAUCUUGAAGUAUAUGUUGAAGAUGAUGGAGGUGUGUAAAGCUCAGGGUUUCGUUUAUGGGAUUAUCCCGGAGAAGGGGAAGCCCGUGAGUGGGGCGUCGGAUAAUCUCAGGGAGUGGUGGAAGGAUAAGGUGAGAUUCGAUCGAAAUGGUCCAGCUGCCAUAGCAAAGUACCAAGCAGAAAACGCAAUCCCGGGGCGGAACGAGGGCAGUGAACCGGUCGGUCCAACGCCCCAUACCUUACAGGAGCUUCAAGACACGACCCUUGGCUCGUUGCUGUCAGCUCUGAUGCAGCACUGUGACCCCCCGCAAAGGCGGUUUCCCUUAGAGAAAGGAGUUCCCCCGCCCUGGUGGCCCACGGGGAACGAGGAUUGGUGGCCUCAAUUGGGGCUGCAGAAGGAGCAAGGUCCCCCGCCUUAUAAGAAGCCUCACGAUUUGAAGAAGGCGUGGAAGGUCGGUGUUCUCACUGCAGUGAUCAAGCAUAUGCACCCCGAUAUUGCUAAGAUAAGGAAGCUCGUUAGGCAGUCCAAGUGCUUGCAAGACAAGAUGACAGCCAAGGAAAGCGCAACUUGGCUUGCCAUCAUUAACCAAGAGGAAUCCUUGGCUCGUGAGCUUUACCCUGAUCACUGCCCGCCUUUAUCCUCAGCUGGCGGGAGUGGAACAUUCACCAUGAGUGACAGUACCGAGUACGACGUUGAAGGGAUUGACGAUAAACCCAACUUCGAUAUCCAAGAGCAAAAACCGAGCAACCUGAGUUUGUUGAAUUUGGGGGUCGAGAGGUUCCAAGAUGGGCUAAUGGUACAACAGCCCCCUCAUUCAAUCAAGGAUGAUAUCAUCACGAACCUGGAUUUCACAAGGAAGAGGAAACCGGGCAAUGACUUGCCUAUUCUGUUGGAUCACAAGAUCUAUACAUGUGACUCCCUUCGAUGCCCUCACAGCGAGAUUCGUCUUGGUUUUCCCGACAGAUCAGCCCGAGAUAAUCACCAAUUAGCUUGCCCUUUCAGGAAUUCCGCACAAUUUGGUGUGUCACAGUUUCAUAUUAAUGAAGCCAAACCGCCAGUCUUUUCCCAACAGUUUGUUCAACCCAAGACAGCCUCUCUGCCAGUCAAUUCAGCCCCGUUGUCCUUUGAUCUAUCAGGACUCGGGGUACCAGAAGAUGGGCAAAGGACGAUUAAUGAUCUCAUGUCCUUUUACGAAACAAACAUUCAGGCGAACAAAAACUCCUGUCCUGGCAAUGUUUCAGCUACCAAAGAGCAUUCUCUUCAACAACCUAGUAUCCAGUGUCAACAGGACAAGUACCUCCAAAAUCAAGGAGUCAUGAUGGAGGGCAUGAUCUUCGAGGACAGUAACAUAUCCAAUAAUCGCCCCAUGGUUCCACCAGGAGACCGGUUCGAUCAGUGCAAGGUUUUGAAUUCCCCUUUCGGUUCACUUUUCAAUGGAAACUCUAACGAGGCUUUCCCCUUCAUGUUUGGCUCUCCAUUCAACCUACAAGCCGUCGAUUACAAUGAAGGUGCCCGGGAUGCCAUGCCAAAGAAAGACGCUCCUAUUUGGUACUAGCACCAAAACAUUGCCAAAUUAUCAGCUUUUUCUGCUCUAUGGAUCAACCGUUGGCAAGAGGGACGCCAUUAUCUCACAAUCGAUCUGCAAUGGUCAGUUUGACUUAUAGUCACUUAAAGUUAUUGUAGUAACAGUAUUUCCUUUACAAUGCACUUGUAGUGGCUGAAGUGCCUAUUAUGCAUAGUAAACUAAGGUGGGGAAACUGCUCAGUAUUGCUGAUUGUUCCAUAAAUAAGCUACUCUAUUUUUAUUCUAUUUAUGAUGUAAUAGAAUAGAGCAUGCAAUAUUUUGCUGUCUAUAAUGUUGUCUAUGUUUGUUUGGCUAUAUAUACAUUGUCCUAAUGGCAUUGUGAUGCUUUGCUGCUAACAAUGCUUUGAUGUAAGUUUGGUUGUGACUAUUCAAACUAGGUUGUGUUUGUGUAUA